UUUUCUUUCUUCCUCCCAAAGACCAUUUAACCAAACUCCCCUUUUCCACACCAAAAAUUCAACAAAAAAACAUACGAUUUCUCAAACAUUGCAGAAAACUAUGGUGGUUCUACCAAUGAAAAGAGAAAGAGAAAGUGAGUUUGAUAGCAUAACAGCCAUGGCAAAUUACUUGAUGCUGUUUUCACGUCAAGAAAAUCAUUUUGACACGAUCCUGAACAAUUCUCCUAGUCGAGUUUUCGAGUGUAAAACUUGCAAUAGACAAUUUUCUUCAUUUCAAGCACUUGGCGGUCAUCGAGCAAGUCACAAGAAGCCAAGAUUAAUGGGAGAAUUGAACUUUCAUUUGCCAACUUCUCCUCCUAAACCAAAAACCCAUGAGUGUUCCAUUUGUGGGCUUGAAUUUCCUAUAGGACAAGCUUUAGGUGGACAUAUGAGAAGGCAUAGAGGUAUGAUGACUGAAAAUAAUAAUAUUAAAGUUCCUCAUGUUGUGAAGAAAUCAUCAAAUAGUCCAAGAGUUUUGUGUUUGGAUCUGAACUUGACCCCAUUAGAGAAUGAUUUAGAGUUCAAGUUGAAGAAGGCAACUCCUAUAGUUGAUUUCUUUUUGUGAAUUAUUGAAUAUUGGUCCAAAUCGUGAAUUUAGGGCGGGUUUUGUUAGUUCAAAUGAAUUUAUUAUUUUUGGCAUGCUGAAUUCGCUGAUGACUCUAGAUUCUGGAUUCUUCUCUGUACUGAACAUAUAUAUCCUAUCUAGACACUAUUGUUAGUUUAUUUUUCUCUUUCUAUUUUCAUGUUAUGUAUCUCGUACUAUAGGUAUGCAUUUAUUCAUUCGUUUGUACGAGGGAUAGGACUCCCACCUCAUGUGCGUUUUCUUUUUGGUUACAGAUAGAUUAUUUGAGAUUGUAAAAAAAUAAGCAGUAUGUGUGAUUAUUUCAUACAUAGCUAGCCUGUAUGUAACAUAUACUAUAUUUAAUCUAUAUAUAAUAUAAAGCUGGGAAUGAAAAUGGUGACGUGAUACUCUCACAAGCUAUGAUAACUAUUUAUCUAAAUUUUCAGAUUUUGGGGUUUUUUGUCAUUUUAAUACAACACUAUAUCACUUAUAAAUUAAAAAA